AUGGUGGAAGCUCUUAUACGACGCUUCACACCAGGUCUGCAUCAUCUUCAAAUCAAGACAGCAAGUCAGAAGACUCCUGGUGGAGCUUCUCAUACACACUUUUCUCUGGUUCCUGGACACGGAAAACACAUCUUGAGAUUCAAGAAUGCCUUCAUUGCAGUUGAUAGACAGCGCGAGGGAAAAUCUUUCGACGCUCAAGGCCAACCGUUCGAAACCAUCAAGCUCACCACAUUAUAUGCACACCGUCACAUCUUUGAGGACAUGUUCUCCGAAGCUCACUCUCUGUCUAUGCAGAGCAUCGAAGGCAAGACUAUGGUCUACACUUUGCGGAAUAUGACCUGGAUGCCUCUGGGAGAUGCCAAGCGCAAACGACCUUUCGACUCUGUUGUUCUGGAGGAGGGUAUGGCAGAAAUGAUCAGGGAUGAUGUACGCGAGUUCUUAAAUGCUCGAACUUGGUACCUCGACCGCGGCAUUCCAUACCGCAGAGGCUACCUUCUGCAUGGUCCACCUGGAACUGGAAAGACGUCGUUUGUACAAGCAUUGGCCGGAGAAUUGGAUUUCAACAUCGCCAUGCUCAGUUUGAGUCAACGUGGGUUGACGGAUGACUUGCUCAACCAGCUGAUGCUCAACUUGCCCCCACGUACAUUUGUCCUUCUCGAAGACGCAGAUGCAGCUUUCAACAACCGAAGACAGCGCGAUGAGGAUGGUUUCAGCGGAGCCACUGUCACUUUCUCCGGUCUGCUCAAUGCUCUUGACGGCGUUGCUAGUGCAGAGGAACGUAUCGCCUUCAUGACAACCAAUCACAUCGAGCGCCUUGAUGAUGCACUUAUCCGUCCGGGACGCGUAGACAUGACAUUACGUCUGGGCGAAGCGACACUGUGGCAGAUGGAGCAAAUGUGGGACAGAUUUUACGCACAUCAAGACCCCGACGGUAGCAAGAGAACUCUGUUCAUCGAGCGCGUCGAGCAGUAUGGUCUGGUGAACUCUGUCAGCACGGCCGCUCUGCAAGGACUGUUUCUAUACAACAAGGAUGACCCUGACGGCGCUGUGAAUAUGGUUGGGCAGCUACUUAUGGCAAAGACACCAACUAUGGAAGUGCCCAAGAAGAAUUAG